CCAAUGGUAUUUAUCUUGUCCUUCCUGUCAUGUCCUAUGCACUUCGUCUACGCCUGACGGCCUGAAUAUUAGGCAACCGAUUGAUCUGUGCGGGUUAAUAUCGGAUACUACUUCCAUACACACGUAGCCAACAACUUGCAUAGCACAUACCCGAACGGUUGCCUAUAGAAAUAUGGACCGUUUCCUUUUUGUAUACAGUGCGUGUUCAAAAAUAAAUACAUGCUUACAGAUAGCCGUCUACCAAUACCGCCUACUUGAAUAGGAAUAUGUGAAGCCGAUCAAAUAUUUUAAUACUUCGUAUACUAGCCAUCUGUAGUGAGAACAGCCAAUAUCAUGAAGUUCACAUAUCCUUGCCCGUACAAUAGAGUCAAGCUCCUUGGCUCCAGGUGUACGAGGCAUGUUGAAUAUAGCUAUAUAGUAGUCGUUAAAAAGGACGAGCAAGAGGGACACAACUACCUCGAGCCUUGCCGUCUGAUCCGCGGCCGCUCCAAGGUCAAAAGCGACCAGGCAAAGAGUGGCAUUCACACUGUCGACGCCCUUAAUACACCAGGUUACCAGUUCCUCCAGACGCGCGGUCUUAUCAUCAUUGAAAAUGAGAAGCUAGGUAAGGUCGCUAUGUUGCCCAUCGGCAUGGCGCAGGUGUCUUCAGUGAAGCUUGUCGAUAAACUCCGGGAGAAUUUUGACAAGAACGGUGAGAAGAUUGACGAUAAACCCGAUACGUUUGUUAAGAAAGGCGACGAGAUCUCGCACUUUGAGUUUGGUGGCUCGGACUGCGUCAUGCUGUUCGAGCAGAAUGCACGGGUUUCUGGAUUCCCGAGUUCCAAGUCCCAGACCCAUUUCUUCUACGGUGAGAAGUUGGCUACUGCCCAUCCAAUUUGAGGUUGAACCCCGCUAGGUACGUCUGGUCUUUUCUCUCGCUGUGGCGAGAAUAUGAGAUGUAAAUAGCGAAGGAAGUCGAGUGUUUUUUGUUUAUACAUAAAUCUGCACGAUCUGUAGGCAUAUAGCCGCUUGUACCCAAGCAGCAUUCCUGCUCUUCUUGCAGUUACAUAUACGGAACAUUCUAUCUAUAAGCAUAGCCAUAUCGCCCUAGUUACUGUGUUCUAGUUCAACACAUCAAUU